AUUCGGUGAGUACACGGUGACAUCGUGGUCUCUGCCGCUCUUCUAAAAAUUACAGAAAAUAAUGUAUUCGUCCACUCUAGGACCAUAGCUACUUUCCAUUCGUAAUAAGUGUUUGUGUUAUUUUAACAGAUCGCAGCCAUGGGUCGCCGGCCAGCCCGAUGCUACCGCUACUGCAAGAACAAGCCCUACCCCAAGUCCCGUUUCUGUCGCGGUGUGCCUGAUCCUAAGAUUAGGAUCUUUGACCUGGGCAGGAAGAAGGCCAGGGUGGACGAGUUCCCUCUGUGUGGUCACAUGGUCUCUGACGAGUACGAGCAGCUGUCCUCUGAAGCUCUGGAGGCAGCCCGUAUCUGUGCCAACAAGUACAUGGUGAAGACUUGUGGAAAAGACGGCUUCCACAUCCGGGUCCGCCUGCACCCCUUCCAUGUCAUCCGUAUCAACAAGAUGUUGUCCUGCGCUGGGGCUGACAGGCUCCAGACAGGGAUGCGUGGUGCGUUCGGUAAACCCCUGGGCACCGUGGCCCGUGUUAGAAUCGGUCAGGUGAUCAUGUCUGUCCGCACCAAGGCCAGCAACAAGGAGCACAUUAUCGAGGCUCUCCGCAGAGCCAAGUUCAAGUUCCCCGGACGCCAGAAGAUCCACAUGUCCAAGAAGUACGGCUUCACCAAGUUCAACGCGGUGGACUUUGAUCAAAUGAUGGCUGAAAAGCGUGUGAUUCCUGAUGGCUGUGGGGUGAAGUACAUCCCUUCCACUGGUCCUCUGGCUCGCUGGAAGAAGAUUCACGCCAUCUAGACACCCAACUACAGACUGUCUGGACAGGUUCAACAUCCCAUAGGAUGCCUGUCUGGUCCUCUGGCUCGCUGGAAGAAGAUUCACGCCAUCUAGACACCCAACUACAGACUGUCUGGACAGGUUCAACAUCCCAUAGGAUGCCUGUCUGGUCCUCGGCUUCACAAGAGGUCAGACAUGGUGAAUGAAUACAUCUGAAUAGUCAGCAAAUAAAAUAUGAAACUGA